AUGGAUGAUACUCAUCCAAAAUGUGAGGAGGAAAUAUAUACCGAGAGUAUCGAGAAUAUAGUCAGGUGGCUGGGGUUUAAACCUCUCCGCACCACGUAUUCAAGCGACUACUUUGAUCAGCUAUACAAACUCGCAGAGGAUUUGAUCAGAAAAGAUCGAGCAUACGUGUGCCACUGCACAGAGAGUGAAAUCCAGGCUCAACGUGGCUUAGAUAUGACUACGGGAGCAAAAGGUAAGGUUAGAUAUGCUUGUGUGCAUCGCAACCGCCCGAUUUCCGAGUCCAUGGCCGAAUUCCAUGCCAUGCGAGACGGCAAAUACCACGCUCAUGAAGCUGCCCUCCGGAUGAAGCAAGACCUGGACAGCAAUAACCCACAAAUGUGGGACAUAUUUGCUUAUAGAAUAAUUGAGGAUGACAAAAACGAUUUUUGCAAGCACAUACGGACUGGUAACAAGUGGAAAAUUUAUCCCACCUAUGAUUUUACCCAUUGUCUUUGCGACAGCUUUGAAGGAAUCACGCAUUCUCUAUGUACGACAGAAUUCGAGCAAUCAAGGGAGUCAUAUGAAUGGCUUUGUGACGAACUGGGAGUUUAUAAACCUAUGCAGAGAGAAUACGGCCGAUUGAAUGUUAGCGGCACGAUUUUAUCCAAGCGCAAGCUCAUAAAAUUAGUCGAGGGUGAAGAGAUGACAAAGCCCAACCUUGGGAAAUAUGUGAGAGGCUGGGAUGACCCUCGUCUGUUUACACUUGUUGGGCUUCGCAGACGCGGUAUACCACCUGGUGCAAUUUUGUCGUUUGUCAGCGAGCUUGGAGUGACGAAGGCAAAGACAACAAUUGAGAUCCCUAGAUUUGAGAGUGCCGUACGCACCUACCUAGAGACUCUUGUCCCGAGGCUGAUGCUUGUUCUUGACCCUAUUUGCGUCAUCAUUGACAACCUUCCUGAUGACUACAUCGAAAUGGUUGAAAUACCAUUUUCUAAAGAUGCAAGCCAUGGUAGUCAUCUUGUGCCUUUCACGAAAACAGUGUUCAUUGACCGAAGUGAUUUUCGAGAGGCCCCUUCCAAGGCGUUCUAUCGACUUAGUCCUGGUGAAUCUGUGGGUCUAAUGAAAGUCCAAUAUCCUAUUAUUGCGACAUCAUUUGAAUUGGAUCCCAUCACAGGCUUAGUCUGCACGAUUCGCGCGCUUUAUGCCAAACCGGAAGAAGAUAGUGUCCUGUUCAAGAAACCCAAAGCAUAUAUUCAUUGGGUUGGCCUUUCGCCACUCCACAAUAGCCCAUUAAAGGCGGAAGUACGCACUUUUAAGCCUUUAUUCAAUUCAGCUGAUCCGGCAUCCCAUCCAAGCGGAUUCCUGGCUGAUAUUAACCCUAAAUCUGAGGAAGUAUUCGCAAAUGCCUUGCUUGAUAUUGGAUUUAAUGAAGUUAAAUCCCGCGCCCCCUGGCCUGAAGACCCAGGCAGCUGUAGCGAUGAUGGGAACGAGGGAAUUUGCGAGCCUGAGUCAGUCCGCUUCCAGGGCAUGCGAGUCGCGUACUUCUGCGAAGAUAAGAAAAGCACAGCUGAAAAAUUGAUACUGAAUAGAAUUGUUUCAUUGACGGAAGAUUCGAGCAAGGAUAAAUAG